GAAGAAAAUAAUCCCACUAAACACAAAGGUAGAGAAACGCGAGAAGCGGAAAGAAGCCAAGGCACUCACGGCGGCCAAUAUCGAGAAGAGUAUAGAGAAGGAGUUACUGGCACGUCUGAACAAGGGCACCUACGGAGAUAUCUAUAACUUCCCUGAGCAAGCGUUCGAGAAGGUUCUGGAUAACAAGGAGAUCAUAGACGAAGAAGAGGAGGAAGAUGAGGCAUGUUGUGGAGAU